AGUACGCUAGUAGUACCUUGUAACUCGUGAUUUACGAGACGUUCCGGUCCACUUUAGGGUUUAUCAGAGGUUUUGAAAUUUCAGUCGAGACAGCGAGGAGCGACAGUGAGGGACAUAUUACCUGCAAUUUCAUUUUCUAGACAGAGGGAUAUGGUGCCUAAUACUUGCAAUUUCACUUUCUAAACGCUUCUUUCCUCGCUCUUCAAUUCUUCCUCUGAAUUGGGUCUCCUUCAAAUGGAGGUUCUUAGCAUCCCAUCUCUCUGCAACAUCAAGUUCUUCCCUAAAACUCCCAUAAUUAGAUCAAUUUCAUGCCUUAGAAGCUUCUCCAGGAAAAACCCAUCAACUUCUAGUGACUCUCGCAGUCCGUUUUUUCUUCAAAGUAGUGUUCUCCUCACGCUUUCAACCCCAUUCGAAUGGCAGAGAAGAGCACAUUCAUGUGGCCACCAAUGCAUCUCUGCUUCUUUCCGAAAAAAUCCAAGAAGGCGUAAUUCUCUGCGGAAGAAGCUCAUCAAAGAAGAAAAGGUGAAUGAUUUGGAUUCAAUUCGUUCUGGUUUUCCUCUACAAAGCCCCAAACAAACUUUUGAUGAGAAUUCGAGUUUAAAUUCAGAUAUAGAUUCUGGAAAUAACAAAGAGAUUAGUAAUUUUAGCAGUAAUUUAGAUUCAUAUGGAUUUUACAGUGGAGAAGAGACGCUUUAUUCGGAUAGGUCCGAUUUUCAAAAGGAAUUGGAUGACUGGGUUUCUCAAUUAAGGAAGAAAUCAGAGUAUUGGGGUCCUGGGUCUGGUACAAUUUUCACUAUUUAUGAAGAUUUGGAUGGAAAUGUGGAAAGGGUUUCAGUUAAUGAGGAUGAGGUUAUUGAUAGAAGCGUUGGAGAAGACAUUUCAAACGUGGAUAAAAAGAUAUCCCAUGCAAAGCUCCUUGCCAGAGAGAUUGAAGCUGGGUCUUAUAAGCUUCCUCGAAAUAGUUCAAUAGCUCGUUUUGUAAUUCAAGAUGAUAGGAAUUCCCACUUGACGGGGCAUCGAUCUGGGGAUAUUAUUAAAAAGGGCCACUCUCUCUCCAAGCUUUCAUUCAUUGGGUUUACUGUGAUCAUUAUCUCUUUUGUUUUCUGGGAGGUAAAGAAACUGUUUAUAUCUGAAGAUUCUGAAAAGGAACUGACCACAAAUGAGAAAAGGAUGUUAAAGCGAAAACUCAAGUCCCGAAUACAGAGAGAGAAAAUGGAAAUGGAGAGAAAAAGUGUGGAAGUUUUGGUUGAUGUUCCGGACCCUGUGGUAUCCACUGUGAGACCUCAAAUUGAUAAAGAAGACCUUUUGCGAACCAUUUCAAAUGCAAAAGCUUCACAGCAGAGUUCAUCGUUAUCUGCUUCUUCUGCUAUUAAUGUUCCUGCUGGAAAAGUUGGUUUUCAUGAUAAAAUUACGGAAAUUCAAGCAAUGGCGAGACAAGCUCGGUUAAUUGAGCAACAAGACACUUCCCAGCCUGUGAAUCAUGAUGCAAAUUUUGAUAGAGUUGCUAAAGUGAGUGAGAAAAAUGUUCCUGAGAGCACCAGUGAUGGAAAUCCAGUUCUCGUGGUAAAUUAUACGGACCAUGACAAGGUUGAUAACACCAGAAAUAGGGAAGGGUUUGGGGAGAUAAGUAAGAAUGAAGAAGAGGGUGUGCGUUUUCCAGAUAUUCCUUCUUUGGAUGAAUCAGUUCAUCGAGAGAUGACCCCAGCCAUUAAUGGUGUCUCCAAAGUUUCCACUGUUGAAGAUGCAAGAAUAGGUGAUUCAAGACUUUUGAGUAAGGGAGACAUUGAUAAGAAUGAUAAUGUACAUGAUAACACUGAGCCUCUUACUUUAGAUGGUUUAACGAGGGAGAGAAUUAUAUUAUACAAUGACAAAGCAGAGAAUGUUGAUUUCUUAAAGGAGGAUGAGAGAGAGCUGGUAAGUAGUUCUUUGGAAAUGAAUGCAGAGAAACAGGCUUCUGAUGUGACUCAUGUUUCUUUACCUUGUUCAAGUGGAACCCCAAGUAGAUUGAAGCCAAGGAUCAUAACAUCAGUUGAAGAAGCUACUGAGUACCUUUCUCAGAAAGGUGAUAAACCAAUUAAGGAAGUAUUCAGCGAUAAAACUGUCAAAACUAAACCAUCAGUAGCAAGGCCAUUCCAGAAGAAUGACACAGACGAACGUUGGGCAAACCUUUCUGGAUACCAUGGUGAUGAUAUUGUAAACUCAGAAGCUGUUAAGAGUUCAAUCAUGGAGCCGGAAACGCAUUCUGGAACUGGGAUUGAUAGUCCUGAAGAUUUUGCUUUGAGUGUAGAUAAGUCUAAUGGGUAUGCUGCUCGUGAUGGUUCCAAUAGGAAUCAUACCCAUGGUGAUUUGAGAUCACCUGCAGAUUUGAGUAACACAUUGAAACAUAAAAGUGAUGUUCAUGAAAAGUAUGAGGAGCAGGGUAGUUCUUGUUUGGGCAAUGUGCCUUCAUCUCCAGCCAUCAACAACCUUGAUGGAGCUUUGGAGGCAAAACCUGAAGCCAAUGAGAGUCUAGAGGUAAAACCUUGUCAAUCCAAUGAAAUCUUAGAGGCAAAACCUCUUCAAUCUAAUGAAAGCUUAGAGGCAAAACCUUAUAAAGCUAAUGAAAUUUGGAUGGAGAGAAACUUUGAUGAAAAGUUUGAUCCUAUUAUAAAAAGAAUCGGUGUUGGUUUUAGACAGAACUAUUUGAUGGCGAAAGAUAAAGUUCAGGAAGAGUUGAGUUUAUCUUCUGAGAUGAAGGACCUUGGGUUUGAGGAAGGGGAAGAGGAACUGGAGUGGAUUAAGGAUGAUAACCUUAGGAGAAUUGUCUUUCAAGUUAGCCAAAAUGAGAUUGCAGGGAGGGAACCAUUUUACUUGAUGAGUGCUGAGGAUGAGCAUGCAUUCUUUGAGGGUCUCGAGAAGAAAGUUGAGAAAGUGAAUGAGAAAUUGUUGGGGUUGCAUGAAUGGGUGCAUUCAAGGGUUGAAAAUCUGGACUACGGAGCAGGUGGGAUCAGUUUGGAUGACCCGCUUGAGAAAAUUGUACCCCGUUGGAAAGGACCUGUUCUAGACAAAGACCCUGAAUUUCUCAAGGAUUUCAAUAAAAUCAGGAGUUCUUUAUCUGGAAAGCUGGGGAUAGAGAAAACACAAGACCUCAAUACCCAGAAUGACAUGAAAAAGUCAGAAAUGUCACAAAAUGGAAAACCAUCUUCUCAGAAGGGCUUAGACGUAUCAGAGUUAUCACAAAACGGAAGUUCAAUAACUCCAAAGACUGUUAUCCAUGGCAGUGAUGGAUCUACCAGAGCUGGGAAAAAGUCAGGGAAGGAGUAUUGGGAGCAUACCAAGAAAUGGUCCCAAGAAUUCUUGGAAAUAUAUAAUGCAGAAACAGAUCCAGAGAUCAAAUCUGUUAUGAGGGAUAUGGGGAAAGACCUGGACAGAUGGAUCACAGAUGAACAAGUAAAGAAAGUGGCUGACCUAAUGAGUAGGAUUCCCGAGAGGAAAAGGAGGUAUAUUGAAAAGAAAGUGGAGAAGCUCAAGCGAGAGUGUGAAAUGUUUGGUCCUCAAGCUGUGGUUAGUAAGUACAAGGAAUAUGCUGAUGACGAUGAAGAAGACUAUUUAUGGUGGUUGGAUCUACCCUAUGUGCUGGUAAGUAUCGAAUGCUGUUCACUGGUGUCUGCGUUAUAAACUGUAUAUGGUAUCCCAUCAAACUUCUUUUGGUCAUUGUCCUUUAUAUCUAAAAAUAUCUCCAUAUUGUUUAACUUAACCAAAAAAGUUACAAAUUAUAUCCUUCAAUGAGUAAGUAAAUUUUUGGGUUAAUAAUGGUUUCAAACAGGCACUAACUGGUAG